AUGGGUUGGCAUUUAUUUAGUUUAGAACAUGAUGUCGUACCGAGAAUAUCAAAUGAUCAGUUACCACCCGAAGCAAAAGCAAUCAGUAGUCAGAUAGCUACUAUCGCUCUAAAUAAUAACAAUAAUAAUAAUAAUAAUACAAGUCAAUCAUAUCAAAAUAGUAAUAUUAAUAAUGGAAAUGGUAUUGUCACAACUACGCAUUUUGGGUCACAAACGCGUGCACCUUCAUAUCUUCGUGAUAAGUUAGAUCAUUUCAAGCUAGGUAGUUCAUUCAAUGGUUUAUAUACUGUUAACAACAACAACAACAGCAAUAGCAAUAAUAACAAUAACAGUGGUAAUAAUAGUGGAAAUAGUAGUGGUAAUAGCAGUAGAUAUAAUACACCACCACCACAUUUCAUUGCCAAUCAAUUGCAACAACAUCAACAACAACAGCAACAGCAGCAACAACAGAGUUCAUCGGGGUUGCGUGUCAGUAGCAACAAUAGUUCACCGUUGAAUAGCUCUAUCAAUGGUGACGAUGACUACGAUGAAGACAGUGACUUUGUACCGCUUGACUCUGACAGUGACAUGUCGACGAUGCGUUCGGCUGCAUCGUCGUUCGAUCCCAAUGCAAUGUUCUCUGGCUACGGACAUGCCUCCACCUCGCUAGACUCCUCCAAUCUCCUCCAAUACUACCCACAAAAGUGUAUUGCACAGAUCAUCGAUCUACGUAUCAUCGGUAAAGACAAUACAGGUACAUUCUUAAUUGCUCGUGAUGCUAUCUCCGAUGGUAUGCAAAAAACAUUUGUAGAUAAAAUAGAUAUAUAUUCAAGUGAUAAGAGACCUGAAACAUUAUUAAAGUUCUGUGGUACUAUUAUUAGCGCUUGUUUAAGCAAUGAACCAACAAAAUCACUACUUUUCUUUACCGUUAAACAACCUGAUAAAGUUGUAGAUGUCAACACUAAAAAUGAAGAUGAUGUCACCGUAUCCGUUGACCUAUCAUUGUUUACAUGUCGAUACGAAUAA